UGGAGGAAGGAGCCAGCCUCUCAGAGAGCAGGGCUGACCCCAGGAGCAGGGCUUGGGGGGCCUUGGCAGCAAAGCCAAGCUGGAUCAUGUUCUCCACCCCUUUUGCCAUCAUCUCCUACUUCCUCAUCUGGUUUGUGCCAGACAUCUCCAAAGGACAAGUGAUGUGGUAUCUCGUCUUCUACUGUGCCUUCCAGACCCUCGUGACGUGCUUCCACGUGCCUUACUCAGCCCUGACCAUGUUCAUCAGCAGGGAGCAGAGCGAGCGGGACUCGGCCACUGCCUACCGUAUGACCGUGGAGGUGCUGGGCACCGUGCUGGGCACUGCCAUCCAGGGCCAGAUCGUUGGCAAGGUGGACACCCCCUGCAUCGGGAGCCCCUUCUUCUUCGGCUUGCCCAACUCCUCGGUGGCCAUGGAGGAGCUGAACACGACCCACGACACGGCGUCGCUCACGGACACGAGAAAUGCCUACAUGAUCGCUGCGGGGGUCAUCGGGGGGCUCUACAUCCUCUGUGCCCUCAUCCUGCUGCUGGGCGUGCGGGAGAGGAGAGAAUCCUCCGAGCUGCAGUCGGACGAGCCUGUCUCCUUCUUCCAGGGGCUGAAGCUGGUGAUGAACCACGGGCCCUACAUCAGGCUCAUCGCCGGCUUCCUCUUCACCUCGCUGGCCUUCAUGCUGCUGGAGGGAAACUUCGCCCUCUUCUGCACCUACACCCUGGGAUUCCGCAACGAGUUCCAGAACAUCCUCCUGGCCAUCAUGCUCUCGGCCACCUUGACCAUUCCCUUCUGGCAGUGGUUCCUGACCCAUUUUGGGAAGAAGACAGCUGUCUACGUGGGCAUCUCCUCUGCCAUCCCCUUCCUCAUCAUGGUGGUUGUCCUGGACAGUAACCUCUUUGUCACCUACGUCGUGGCCGUCGCCGCCGGGAUCAGCGUGGCAGCCGCCUUCCUCCUGCCCUGGUCCAUGCUGCCAGAUGUCAUCGAUGACUUCAAGCUGCAGCACCCCAGCUCCCACGGCCAUGAGGCCAUCUUCUUCUCCUUCUAUGUCUUCUUCACCAAGUUCACCGCCGGGGUCUCCUUGGGCAUCUCCACGCUCAGCCUGGACUUCGCGGGGUACCAGACCCGGGGCUGUUCCCAGCCUGGCCAGGUGAACUUCACCCUGAAGAUGUUGGUGUCUGCUGUUCCCGUGGGGCUGAUCCUGCUGAGCCUGCUGCUCUUCAAGCUGUAUCCCAUUGACGAGGAGAAGCGGAAGAAAAACAAGAAAGCCCUGCAGGAUUUAAGGGAGGAGAGCAACAGCAGCUCGGAGUCGGACAACACAGAACUGGCCAGCAUCGUGUGAGCCGGGCUGGCUCUGUCUGCCCACGCUGGGGCUCCCCAAGGACUCGUCCCCUCCGGGCUGGCCCAGCCUGGUGCCACUGGAGGUGCUGGAAAAGCCGUGUGGAGCAUCCACUGCCUGGAACUCGGGAUCUGUGCCCGUCCUGUGCCUUGCACGGGGCCCACAGAGCGCUGGUAGUGUACAUUACACACAAUGUGGUGCCUCACCGCAGACAAACACUCUCCCUGCCGGGCUCUGGAGGGCAGGGAUGCCCAGAUUUGGGAUGGUUUUGCCUGGAACAGCCGUGCCCAUUGCCCUGCCUGGGGGUGAUCGUUAGUGUACAUUACACUGUCAGUGUGCCCAGGACGUGAGCUCACCUCUGCUGUCUCUACAGAGGGCACUAAUGUGGGAGCUGUUCUUUUUUUUUUUUUUUUUUACAGAGCCUAAUUAACUUAAUGAUGUAAAUAUGGAGCUGUUUCCUGUUUGUAUAUAUCUGUACAGAACCCAAACCCGAGGACCUGUUAAUAUUAAUUUACAUAAAAGUGGGGGAAGUCGG